AUGCCGAAUGCAAGUUCGGCUGAAGAGCAGCUUUUGACUGCUAACAGGGACAAGAAGCCCAGAUGGUCCAUUAUUGAGAAAGCCGAAAGAUCACACCGUCGUGUACCGGGAUUGAGAAAGAUACCAUUGCCUGCUCUCGCUAUUAUAUUUUUUAUUGCAUUGAUCAAUAUACUGGUUUGGAUCGCAGCGGGGAUUGUAUUGCAUCAACAGCUGCUCUUGCAUAUAGCCUUGGUUUACGUCAUGCUCUCGAUGCGGACCAUAUAUCAUAUCGUUAUCAUCACUUCAAUUGUGGUGGCAGCCACUGCAGCAGCAGUUUCAGAUAAAUUUGAUAAAUAUGGUUCAAUUGGUGGCAUCAUCGGGAGUUCCGUCAGCUCUGCAUUCUUGAUUCUUUUGGGUAUCAUGAAUGGGUACAUCUUGUAUAAACUCGUCCUUCAGAUGAAAAAAGUUCUUCGUGACAAAAACAAAGGAGAAGAAAUGUGGAAAAUCGAAGGAGGUGGUGUUCUCUUCUCCAUUCUCAAGGGGAUGUUCAAAAUAAUUGACCGGCCGUGGAAAAUGUAUCCGCUUGGAGUGUUAUUCGGCCUUGGGUUUGACACUUCUUCGGAGAUUGCUCUUCUUGGGAUAUCAUCUGUCCAAGCAUCAAAGGGAACUAGUAUCUGGUUGAUCUUGAUUCUCCCCAUUUUGUUCACAGCUGGAAUGUGCCUGAUAGACACUAUUGACGGUGCUCUUAUGCUUUCUCUCUACGUGCAGCCAGCAGCACAUUUUCUGGACUCAAAGUCACAGCCAUCAGCCGAAAUAUCCGCUGCGCCUAUUCCCCCAGAAACGCCUAAGCCACAGUCUACCCCAGUCGAGGAACCAGUAUCCCGGAAUCCCCGAGACCCGGUUGCGUUCCUCUAUUACUCCAUAGUUCUCACUUCUCUGACCGUCGUAGUCGCCAUCGUAAUUGGCGUCAUCCAGCUUCUGACUCUCCUCUUAAACGCUUUGAAACCACAUGGAAAGUUCUGGGACGGCGUUCAAGUUGCCGGUGAUUAUUACGAUGUCAUUGGCGGUGCCAUAUGUGGACUGUUCAUCAUUUUUGGAGGCAUAAGCGUCUUAGUUUACCCACAGUGGCGACGGUGGGCUGGCAAGAACCAGGACAGCGCACCAAGCUGUGGCCAUCAUGUCAGGGCGCAGGCUGACGAAGAGAGCCGAAUAGACGGUCUGGGUGUUGCCGCUACAAACACACAAUCGCUUUCCCAGGCAGGAGAAAACCCAGUAGAUGGCCCCAAAACAGGGACUGCGGCUGAUACGAAACUUGUUUGA